UCCCCGUGGACUGUAGAGGGGGCAGCGAGCUGGAGCCCGCGUCGCUGUUCUCGGCCACAGGGAGGCUGGGCGAGCCGGAGCGCGAAGACACCUGGCCCAGGCUCGGCGGGAAGCUCUGCGAGCCGCUGGGAUCACAGUAUACUGAAAGGCACUCGAUCAAGAGAACUCUGGGGGAAGCUGGGAACCAUCAAGUUAUUGAGGCCACACAGGGGGCAGAAAGACAGAGGAAAGAAAGUUUAUCAGAAUUUCUUCCUAAACCUCUUAGAAAUAACAGCAUAUUUUAAUCAGAGACUUAUGUUGUUAUGAGGACAGAUCCAUCAGAAAUGACUGAUGUGGAGUCUGUGGUCAAUAAUUUUGCAUCUUCGGCCAGGACCGGCCGCCGGAAUGCUGUGCCAGACAUCCAGGGCUCAGCCGGGACAGGUGGGCCCUCAGAGUUGCCCCUCAAACUGGAGGCCCUCUCCAUGAAGGAAGAUGUAAAAAAGAAAAAUGAAGAAACAACACAAAGGCAAUUGGAAAAGCCAAAGAAAGAAGAAAAAUGAAGGCUCAAAAACUAUCAAAAGUACUGAAUUUCUGUACAUUGGAAGACUUAAUGGCUCUGCUUUCCUGAGAUGUUUGAUCUGGUAGUAACUAUGGUAACAUUGCAGCCCUAAGCAACAUGUGUGUAUUAGACAAUUUUGUUGUAAUGCUACUCACUUGGAAUGCAACCAUUGAUGUCCAAUGUAGGUUAUUAAAAGGCAUAUUACUUCCAAAUUGCACCCAAGGAAAGAAUGUAUGGUCACUUAAAUACAUAUCAUUAUCUAUAAACCCAACAAAAUCCACUGCUCUCUUUUGGAUUUACGUGGCCAGAUGUAUUUUUAAUUCCAUUUUUAUGGUAACAGAUAACCCGUUUCUUGGUAAAUAUAAAGCAAACACUAUUCAUUUAAAACUUUAUGGAAUUUGUAGGACAUUUUUUUUUGAUGGGAAGGAAUAAUAGUCAAAAACAUAUAGAGAAUAUUUAUUUUUAAUCAAAAAUGCACACUUUUCCCCAAACCCUAAAAGGAUUUGGAAAAAUUACAAAAGUUUGACAACCUAAGUAUCUCCAGGAUGUUUUUGUUUGAUUCAUUUUGCUUCUAGUCUAUGCAUACUGUGAUUUUUCAUGUGGACUCUCAGAACACAAAAUUUGUGACGAAUCGUUUAUGUGGAACAUGCCUAUUAAAUGAAUUUUGCUAUCUUCCUUAACUUUGGCGUACGUGUGUGCAUAUGUUUUUCUUUAAUAUGAAUUAUACAAAACACUUUACUAGUUGCUUUAUACUGUCUUUUCUUAUUCUUAGGGCUUUUGUGUCUUGUAACUUGUUUCUAAAAUGAUUUCCUCAGGAAUGCAGACCUUAAUUUUUAUAUCUUUCCUAAAGUAGCUAACAUAACACAUAAAUAUUUAGUGAAUGUUGUAGGUAGAAAUAGCAAAAUACUUGCUUUUAAUAUAUAUUUAAGCAUAUAUUUUAAAAGGAACAAAAACAAAACCAAAGUUUUAGUAAAUUUUGAUUUAUUAGACAUUUUAGGAAAAUAAUAAAAUUCUGAAUUUUUAAAAAAUGGAGUAAUGAAUUUAUUUUCAUUUUCAGAUAUAUAUGCAUGCUCUUAUAUUUUAUUUGAUUGUUGACAUAGGUCAUGUCUGUAUACAGUAAUCAAAUAAACUCUUCACUGUUC